AAAAAAUAUUUGAGUUAUCCCCCUUUGAACGAUACUAAAAUGCUGCCAGAUUUGGAGUUGUCUAAAGUGACAGUUGAAAACACAAGACAAGGUGUGGUCAGGUGUAAGAUACUUGAAACUAUACACGGUCGUCUGGAUGUCGUGGAUGGGUACGGGCGUCAGAGAACCAAGGGAGACGAUGUGGUCAGGGUGUGGAUGAAGGGCAAUAAUCCAACUGGAUAUGCAGUAGUGGGUGAUGUCUUGGAUCUAAAAAAUGGCAGCUAUGUUUUCAAUGUAAAAUGUCUCUGGACUGGAUUAUCUUCGCUUCACGUAGCCAUCGCCUACCCGCGUGAAUUCAUCAGGACAGUCAUCCACCAGAUUCACGUAGGUGCAACGAGAUUAAUGGCCGCCACAUUUAAAAAGGGAAACUAUAAUGAGGACACCAUUUGUUUUCAAGCUCCAAACAUACCAGGCUGGGAAUGUAUCUGUAACUUCAGCAAGUUUGGUUAUGAGAAUUAUUACUGUGGUAGACCGAGAAAUAAUCAGUAA